AUGGCCGGCGAGGAAGGAACGAAAGUGCUCUUUCUACACUUACGCGUCACCGCCAUCCUUGACUUCCCUCCAUCUACAGACUCUCUCGAGACGGCCAUCAACCCAGUCCACCGUGAUAAGCGAACGCUAGCAACAGCUUCAGCCGAAACAUACGGCGACGAAAACACCGUCCCUUUUACGAUGUCCAAUUCCCCAACCUGGCUCCGUGACCAAAUCCUCGGUACAUCCUCUCUUUACUCUCCCUCUCUACAGUCCCUAAUGCCCAUCUCAGCAAACGCCCGUGCCUUGCAUCCCGACAAGAGCAUGUUCCGCAUGGACUUCAUGACCGGCCGCAUGUCGCUCGCACCCAACUACAGCCUUGUCAACGCCGACGGAACCUUCGUUACGCAGUAUAUGUACUACGCCAACGUGUACUGCCUUGUGCCAUCCCCUGUGCACGGGGGACCAAAGUGGAAGAUGGAGAUUGUUGAACUUGGGAUGGGUGUAAUGGGGAAUGUAGAGAACGCUAUGGAUGCUUUGGCAGGGCUCCUUGAGGUAGGUUGGCGGUGA